UCCAUUAUCAUACUAAUGAGGCGGCUGAAGGCAGCAGCAGGCCGGCGGCCGGCCGAUCCUGCCAAUGGGCUGGGGUCAAGCCCGGUCGGGCCGGCCGGCCGGCGCCAGCCUGCCCCACUGACCUCCACUCGACUUUACCCCUCCGCUGUUCCCCUCUGUCCCCGCAGGAAGGCGACGCGACAGGUGGUUGACUCAUGGCUGGUGUCGCACGCUACUCCCGGCUCCGGCCAGUCCAGCUCGGACCUGCUGCUGGGGUCCCCCACGGGGCCGGCGCCCGGCGCGCAGGUCGCGGGUGGUGGCGGCGGCGGCGGCAUGGCCCCGGGUGGCUGCUCGGGCUCGGCGGCGGCGAUGCCGGCCGGCGCGGCCGCCUCCCGCAGCGGCUCCGGCGCCACCACGCCCGUGCGCAAGAUCUCGGCGCACGAGUUCGAGCGCGGCGGCCUGCUCAAGCCCAUCGUCAACACGAUUGACGGCACGCCCACCUUCCUGUCCGUGGGCCCCGCGCACGGCGCCGAGGGCGGCGAGUGCGGCGCGGCGCCGGGCACCCCGCUCCUGUCCAGCCACGGCCGGACGCAGCGCCUGUCGAGGAACGAGCUCCGGCACCUGGACGAGAAGGAGCUCAUCUUCGAACUGGUCAAGGAUAUAUGCAACGAGCUGGAUGUGAGGUCACUGUGCCACAAGAUCCUGCAGAAUGUGUCCAUGCUGCUCCGCGCCGACCGCGGCUCCCUCUUCCUCGUGCAGCCAGCCCGCGGCAGCGGCCCACAGGGUGGCGCCAACGGCCCGGUGCCUACCGCCUGCGGUGACAACUCCCCGUCGACGCCCAGGCGCCGUAUGCUGGUCUCCAAACUGUUUGACGUCUGCUCGCGCUCGACCCUCGCGGAGAUGGAAAAGAAGGAGGAGAUCCGCAUCACCUGGGGGACAGGCAUCGUCGGCUUUGUGGCUGAGAGCGGGGAGCCCGUCAAUAUACCCGAUGCCUACAAGGAUGAAAGAUUUAACCGUGAAAUCGAUGCUAGCACGGGGUAUACAACAAAAACUCUGCUCUGUAUGCCCAUAAAAGAUACAAAUGGAGAUGUGAUUGGUGUUGCGCAGGUGAUAAACAAGGAAAUGGAGAAGGGUAAAAUCUCUUGUUUUUCAUCAAGUGAUGAAAAAGUUUUUGCAAGUUAUUUACAGUUUUGUGGUAUUGGAUUGAGAAAUGCCCAGCUUUAUGAAAAAAGUCAACUUGAAGUCAAACGAAAUCAAGUAUUGCUAGAUUUAGCACGGAUGAUAUUCGAAGAACAAAGUACAAUAGAACACAUGGUUUAUCGAAUAUUGACCCAUACUCAAUCUCUUAUUCAGUGUCAGAGAGUACAGGUUCUUCUUCUACAUCAAGCCUCAAAAGGCAGCUUUUCUCGAGUCUUUGAUUUUGAAUCCAGUGAUUUGACCCGAGAGGAAAAUGAUCCUCGAACAAGCCCUUUUGAGAGUCGUUUUCCGAUUAAUGUUGGUAUAACUGGUUAUGUUGCCACUACAGGAGAGACAGUAAACAUUCCUAAUGCUUACGAAGAUGAACGAUUUGACCAUUCUGUUGAUGAUGGAAUAGCAUUUAAGCACAAGAGUAUUCUCUGUAUGGCAAUUAAAAACUCAUCUGGACAAAUAAUUGGAGUAAUUCAGCUGAUAAAUAAAUUCAAUGACUUACCAUUCACAAAAAAUGAUGAAAAUUUUGUGGAAGCUUUUGCUAUUUUUUGUGGAAUGGGAAUACAUAACACACAUAUGUAUGAGAAAGCAAUCAUUGCUAUGGCAAAACAGAGUGUAACCUUGGAUGUGCUGAGCUAUCAUGCAUCUGCAUCUCUGGAUGAUGCAAGAAGAUUACAGCGCCAAGUUGUUCCAUCAGCCCAGAAGUUUCAGCUCCAUGACUUCAAGUUUGAUGACAUCAAUAUGACUCAGGAUGAAACACUCAAAGCGUGUUUACGGAUGUUCCUAGAUCUUGAUUUUGUCAAUAGAUUUCAUAUUGAUUAUGAAGUGCUCUGCCGCUGGCUUCUUAGUGUGAGAAAGAAUUAUCGUAAUGUUACAUAUCAUAAUUGGCGUCAUGCAUUCAAUGUUGCCCAAAUGAUGUUUGCAAUAAUAACUGCAACACAAUGGUGGAAAAUAUUUGGAGACAUUGAAUGUUUGGCACUUAUCAUAGCAUGUCUAUGCCAUGAUCUAGACCAUAGAGGAACAAAUAACUCAUUUCAAAUUAAGGCUUCUUCUCCUCUGGCACAGUUGUACUCCACUUCAACAAUGGAACACCACCAUUUUGACCAGUGUAUUAUGAUUCUCAACAGCCAGGGAAACCAGAUAUUGGGUAACUUGUCUCCUGAUGAAUAUUCGCGAGUAAUCAAGGUAUUGGAAGAUGCUAUUUUAUCCACUGACCUUGCUGUUUACUUCAGAAAAAGGGGUGCAUUUUUCAAUUUGGUGCGAACGUCAUCUUAUAAUUGGUCGAGAGAAGACCACAGAGAAUUAUUACGAGGCAUGACAAUGACAGUAUGUGAUUUAGCGGCCAUCACCAAACCAUGGGAUGUGGAGAAGAGGGUGGCUGAACUAGUAACAAGUGAAUUUUUUGAACAAGGCGAUAUUGAAAGAAAAGAACUUCACAUUACGCCCAUUGACAUAAUGAACAGAGAGAAAGAAGAUCAACUUCCACUAAUGCAAGUUGGUUUCAUUGACUCAAUUUGUCUACCAAUAUAUGAGUCAUUUGCUGUUCUGUCAGACAAAUUAGAGCCAUUGGUGGACGGAGUUCGAAACAAUAAACAAAUGUGGCUGCAGAUGGCUGAUGAAGAUAAUCCUGACGAAGUUAAAGAAAAUGAACAAGAAAAUUAGAGGGGAAAAAAGACUGUAGGACUGUGCCUACUCACAGAUAGGAGACUGCUUGGGGAGCAAGACUAUAUCCAGAAGAAUCUAACAGUUAUUCUCUACUUUGUUGUACAACACAGUAGCCCUCCACCUGCAACACCAAGUUAACCUUGUGGGUUGUCAUGUUUUCCCAUGUAAUAUUUUAUAGUGUACCAAUUUUUCUAAACUUCAAAUUGAAUUAAUAUUGUCAAGUAGCCUAAAGUCAGAAGUUACUUGGAAACCUAUAGCAUGUAAGUAUAGAACAUGGGUAGCGCUGCUUCAGUGCUUCAGUAUUCCUAUCCAUAUAUCUUCAUCAUUAAUUUCAAUGACAAUUUUCUAAAUCAAAUUAAGGACGAGUCAAUCAAUCAUACUACUGCUUCUGUGCUUAACUGUACUAAAAGCUGAGAUAAGAAAUCCUUGGAUGAAUACAUUCUUUCAUCAGAGACCAAAUAAUAGUAAAUUGUAUGUUUUCUCAAUUUGUAAAUAUAUUUUUUUAGGAAAUAUUAGAUAAAGCAGAGGUAGAUGUGAAUUGUAUUUAUGUUAUUAAACAAAGAAUUUGGAGAGUACAAAGUAUACUUAAGAUAUAUGUUGAAAGUCCUUACAUUUUUGGCAUGCUUAAAUUAUCACCCUUAUUUAUAUAGUUAUGGAACUCUAUGUUGAGUUAAUAACUUUUAAGCAUUUCAAGUGCAUUAAGAAUAAACUUUCCUCGGGGAAAACCCCACAGUUCAUGUGUUUCCCUUCUAAAUCAAAAGUGUUAUCAGAGAAAUGGUUACCAAUAUGUUCAUUAAUGCCAAAAUACAAGUAUAAAUUUUCCAUGCCCAUUUUGUGUAACCAAAAUAUAUGUGUGGUGUAUUUAGUCUCAAGAAGAUAAAGUGGAAGCUUGUUUUUAGUUUGAUUUCCAAAAUCACCCAAAGCACAAAUUGAUUGCAGUGAAACAAAUAAAUAGUGAACUUUAGCUUUGACUUCAUGAGGUUAAAUCCACUCAUCAUAUAGGUUGUUGAGUAGCUGAUUAAGGUAAUAAUUAAAGAAUGUGUCUGGCAGUUUAUCAUCAUUUAUUUCAUUCAUCAUGUGUACAUAUUUAUUUUUCUGAAUAAUUAGAAUCAAUUCUACUGUGAUUUCAAAAGCUUUUUACCUACUUGAUCUUAGAUGUUGUCUGUGAUAAAAUAUGACAUGUUGCUUGUGUUUAUGUCUGGAGUCUCAUUUCCUAUGUGUGAAACUAUGCCAUUAUUGUAGUCCCUAUGCACAGGGAAAUUCCCCCCCCCCUUUUCCCCCCGAAAAAAUCACUGACACUGUCAAUAUCGAAAGUUAACAGCUAUGUAAGAUAUCGAUUUCCGUUCAGCAACUGUGUACAACUGUGUACUAGGGUUGACAUUUUACUGUUUCUGACUUUUCUAGCAAAGAACAAAUGCAUGCACUCAAAAUGUUAAAAUUAAAUUGGAAGUAUUCACUUACCAAGUAUAUCCUCAAGAUUAGGACUGCUGAUGUCAGUGUGGCAGCUCAUCCUAUCCAUAUUCUGUCCCGUGCAUUCUGUGAUUAUAAAAAUGUUGGAUAUGUGAAACACAAGUAGUGCUUAUUAAGUAAGUCAAAAGAAAUUUAAGUAAAUCAGUAUUGCCUAGAGAGUUAUAAGAAAGGAUUUUUUAAGAAGGUACAGUGCGUUAAUAACUUAACUACUGUUGUGAAAAGAAGGUAAAACGAAUUCAAUAAAAUUGAAUUAUUGACAGAAGAAUAAAUAUAGACUGCUAAAGCA